UGUGUGUUUAUUGGAACCCACCAUUGCCCUUGCCUGUUCAAGUAUUUCUUCUCCUACCCCAAAUUCUUCUGCACCAUACUCAUUACUCAGUCUCUGUCUCUCUCUCUAACCCUUCUGUCACUCUCCAUUUUGCCCUCUUUCUGCUUGUCACGUCUUCCAUAAUUAUAUUCUCUCUGUAUAUUCUUCUUUAAAUCAGUGUUUAUUAACUCAGAAAUCAUGGGAUCUUGUAUAUCAUCAAUCAAUAAAACUUCUCCGUCUACUAAACCUGAUCAGAUUAUGUCCGUCGAUAAAUCUUCUUCUUCCGUGCCUUCAACCCCCAUUAAAGAUAAACCCUAUGUUCCGGUCGAUCCUCCGAUUAUACCCGUUUCUAAAUCCCGAGUUUCUCCUUUCAAUUCCGUUUCUUCUCUUCGCAGUAUCGGUGGUAGCAAAGAUGAAGCCUUUUUUGACACUCAAGGUUGGCUAGACUCGGAUUGUGAUGAUGAUUUUUAUAGUGUCAAUGGAGAUUUCACUCCUUCUCGUGGAAAUACUCCUGUCCAUUAUGCAUCAGGAACCCCUCGACUAAGCAGAGUUUUUUCCCCUCAAGUCAGUAGGGCUGUUUUUGAAGGCAAACUCCCCAUGCAAAGUGCAUCAAACAGAUCUCGAAGCAGUACAUCAGUUCGUCGAAGCUUCUCAUCUACUCUGACUCAAGAAACAGGACCAAUUUCUGAAGUCGCCGGUGAUCCAAAUUCAGGUACAUCCACAAAACCUAAGAGCAAAAAACUUGCCGAUCUUUUUAGAGAAAGUAUGAGGGAACGCGAUGGUGUAGGCCUAACAGUAACAUCUCCAUUGCCACCUAAAUCGGCAAACAGAGCUCCAUCUGCUCUGCGCUACUCCGUCUCGAGCACUGACAUAGUCGAUGACAAUCUGCCUGUAGAAGACAAGUCUGCCAAGUACAAACAUCGCUGCUUUCCUCGAUUGGUUUACGUUCGUAGCUUUAGUGAGAGUAAGAGGACUUCUACUCCUCCGACAUCCAUGAAUGGUGAUUUAAAAGCUUGACGAGUUUGUUCGCUACGAUUGUGAUUCGCUAGAUUUUGCCUGGUGUAGGAAGAUUAUAUGGGCUGUGUAAUCUUGAUGGAUGAAUCAAAUAUAUGUACUAUGUAGUACCUUGUACAAAGUUAUAGUGUUAAACAACUAAGCAAAGGUUUAUAUGAUUUCCUAAAUCUUGCCAUGAGAUGGUGAUAAGGUAUACCUUGUACAAAUUGAGUGAUUUUAGAUGGUGUUGCUAAGAAAUUGAAAUAAUUCUUCCCAAUUAUGAUAUUUGUUGUGUAUUAAUAAUGUUUUAUACUUGUAUUCUCCCUCAAACUGAUAAGAGAAAUAUAUAAAAUAAUAAUAAUAGUAAUAUAUUUGAGGGAACUAA